AUGGCUCCCGAGUUCCAAGCCCUGGUUGACACGCCGCGCAACGUGAAGCUGCUGCACCAGGUGCUGUGCAUUACUGACAUAAAUUUCGCAACGAAGACGCUGUUCGGCUUCACCGAUAUGGUGAUCGUGCCGAUGGUGCCGCAGUUGCGUUCUGUGGUGUUCAAUUGCUCGAAUCAGAUCGACGUCAGACGAGUGACGGUGCAGGACAGCUUGGACGCUGCCUUUACGCACGAGUCUUCAUGGGCGAUGAACAUUCAUCCGUGCACGUGGUCAGUGAACAGCCUCAGCGACCUGUUCUCCAAAGCAGCGUCUGCCGUGGACGCGGACCAAGGAAAAGGCGAGCUGCUCGUGAGUUUACCGCCUGAAAUUUGGCAGACUGUCGACGAGUUGAAGGUGAUUCGGGUCGGUAUAGACUUCAGGCUUGAAAAUCCGACGGUCGGUUGCAAUUUUGUCUGCCCUGUAUUGCCUUCCGACAUGCCGUCCACGUCGUCGUCAUCCGACGGAUUGGCGAAUUCUCACGUCUAUUCGUGGAAACGUGCUGAGUACGAGGCCCGGGCGUGGUUCCCGUGCAUCGACGUGCCUUCUGAGCUAUGCACCUGGAAAAUCGAAGUCACCUGCGAUCGCUCUUUCAUUGCCGUUUGCAGUGGCGAUUUGAUGGGCGUUGGGAACACGAACGGACGGGAUACUUAUUCAUACCAAGUGACGAUUCCGACCCCGGCGUGCAACAUUGGCUUCGCCGUCGGCCACUUCAAGUUGUUCGUGCACCCGGAGAUGAAUGAGCUGUCAAACUUCUGCCCUCCUGACUUGCUGCCGUUGCUUUCACAUACGUGCAAGAAGUUGCAUAAGGCUUUCGAGUUCUUCGAGGAGCUGCUCUCGUUUCGUUACCCGUACAGUUCGUACAAGUUGGUGUUCGUCAACGACAUUCCCGAGGACAUGAUUUCGUAUUUGAGUCUGACGCUGAUGGACGUUCGCUUUCUACAUCACAAGACGAUCAUUGAACAAGAACCGGUGGUUCGUAGCCUGAUGGCACGAGCGGUCGCUCAACAGUUUUUCGGUAUCGUGUGCUUCUAUUGUAUAGUUAAGCAUGAUGGCGACGUUUGCACUGUUGCAGGUUGUUACGUGAUGCCGUACAACUGGAAGGACAGAUGGCUAGCGUGGGGUGCUGCUGACUACAUCAGUCGUUUGUACGUGCAGCGUUUCUUCGGCAACAACGAAUACCUGUACACCAUCUACGAGCUGCUGAACGACGUUACGCAUUACGAGAAGAAAUUUGGUGGCAUCGUGCUAUCCGGCCCUAAGGGCCAGCGCACGGCCAGUGGUUUUUACUUCGAUCCGUUGAACCCGUUUACGUGUAGUCCGUUGUACGUCGAGAUGCUGGUCAAGAAAGCGUCGCUGGUCUUUCGCAUGCUCGAGAAAAAGCUGGGCAAAGAGCUGUUCUUUCAGGUUCUGAACAAAUUGCUGACGGUCGGCGCCCACGUAACCCAGCAACGUUACCAGCCUUCGGCUUGGCUGAACAUGCUGCUGUCCACCGACUCGUUCCUGAAAUGCGUGUCCAAUGUUACCGGCCAGGAUCUACAAAAUUUUUUCGACCAGUGGGUCGACCAAGGCGGACAUGUUCAGUUUUCGGUCAGCUUCUCGUUCAACCGCAAGCGUAACAUGAUCGAGCUGGAGUUGAAGCAGAACGAUUCUGCCAAAGGAUCUGUCAAGUACCUUGGACCUGUAACAGACAAGGAGCAAUUGUGCCGAAUCUGCUGGUGUCACGCUGAAUACUCCGGCACUGCACCUCAUGCCAUUGGUGAAGGGCAUGGCGUCAGCGAAGCGAGUGUUCCGGCAAUUGACAGUACAGCGUUGAACUUGGGCUAUCAAUAG